AUGCCUCUCGUCGUCCCGGGGAUCACCUCAGAUAAAUCUUCAUCGUCGACAGCCGACUGGCAGAACAAGCUGAUGGGCAAGACGCUCGGCAGCUCGCACAACGAGACCAGCUUCGCUAAGAAGGACCUGCCGCAGAACCACCGCGUCGUCGAGGAGAACUCGAUGCUCACUAUGGACCAUGUUGCUGAUAGGUUGAAUGUCCACGUCGAUAAGGAUGGGACGGUCAAGAAGGUGACUCACGGAUAG